AUGAUCAAUUAUUUUGGCAUUGAUUUAAAAUUCCAGGAGCUUAGCCGAAAAAAUACGGAAAAUCGCCAGAAGCAAAAGGCGAGGCAUAUAGCUGGUUCAAAAUCGUACUCGCAGAUUAGCUAUGAGAAGAGUGACGAGGAGACUGGGAAGGAACCAACUAUUCUACAACUUUGGCAGAUCACUCAUACCCGCAAUGGAUCAUGGUCUAAUGAAGAAUCACAGACUGUUUAUGACAAUGCACGCAGCCAGAUUAGGGAGAAAGAAGGAGAGAUUGGUGGUCCAAUUUCAAGUGAAGAGCAAAACAAUAUUUUCCAGAAUAGCUACAGAUCUACUAUGGAAAGUACAUCAUUGAAGCCUCGUGGCCGAGGAUACAUGGCUAAGCCGCCUAGCGGUUCUGAAAGACUACAUUCUGAAAUCCAGAGGCAAAAUGCUGAGCUAACCCUCGAGGUUCAUGACUUAAGGAGGCAAAUUGUUGAACAACAGGCAGAGAGGCAAAGAGAACGAGAAGAAGAGUGA